CUAAAAGAAACUAAAAAAUAGAAGAAGAAUCAAUCGAAUAUUUUGUGAUAGUAUAUAAACUUGAUAUUUUAAAAAUGUUUCCAAUUCUUAAUUUUAAACAUUAGAAAUUUAAAACCAAUUUUAGAAUUCAUUAAAAUGAAACCUGGCUGUUAUAUCUGUAUUAAUUUUAGUUUGUUAUCUGUAAUUUUAAGCAAUACAGAAGGUUCAUUAAAUAAAAAUUUGAAAUAUUUUGAAACAGUCCAUGCCGAUGAACUUAAUCAUAAAAUAGUUAAAAGAGGAUUAAAUGAAGGUACACACCCUUUUAACCACAUUAAAGAAGUUAAUCUGAGAACCCAUGGCAGGGACUUCAGACUAAUUUUAUCACCAAAAAGGGAUAUUUUACAUUCUAAUUUUAAGGCAUAUGCAGUAGAUGGAGAUGGAAAGGAAACUACUGUUCAUAUUAACCAUGAUGAUUUUUAUCAUGGAAGGUUGUUUGGUGAAACAAAUUCUCAUGUUAAUGUGCAUAUGGAAGAUGGGGUAUUGACUGGUAGUAUCCAUUUACCAGAGGAAACAUACCAUGUUGAGCCCUCUUGGAGACAUUUACCUAAUGCAGAUAACCGUACAAUGAUUAUUUACAAACAGUCUGACAUCAAAUUUAGUUGGGAACCUGAAAAUUUACCUCCUGAUGUAUCAAGACCAAAAGUAUGUGAUUAUAUUAAAGAAGGUGCUGAACUGGAAGGAGAUGAUGAGGUAGAUGAAAUACAUGAAAGACAAAAGAGACAAAUUGAUCAGUAUGAAUAUACACCUACAAAAACUAGGUGUCCCUUACUGUUGGUGGCUGACUACAGGUUUUUUCAGGAAAUGGGGGGCAGUAAUACCAAGACUACAAUUAAUUAUUUGAUAAGUUUAAUAGAUCGUGUUCAUAAGAUCUAUAAUGACACCAGUUGGCAAGACAGACAAGAAGUAGAUGGUUUCAAAGGUAUGGGAUUUGUUAUCAAAAAAAUAGUAGUUCACAGUGAUCCCACAAGAAUUAAAUCUGGGGAAGCUCAUUACAAUAUGGUUAGAGAAAAAUGGGACGUUAGGAACUUGCUAGAGGCUUUCUCCAGAAAUCAAGAUAAUGUUAAUUUCUGUUUGGCACAUUUAUUUACACAUCAAACGUUUAGAAGUAGCAAUUCUGUUGUGCUCGGUUUGGCAUACAUUGCAUCUCCUAGACUGAAUACCCGAGGAGGCGUUUGUAGCAAGGAAUAUUUUAAAAAUGGAUACACGUUAUACUUGAAUUCUGGUCUGAGCUCUAGUAGAAAUCAUUAUGGGCAAAGAGUGAUUACCAGAGAAGCAGAUUUAGUGACAGCUCACGAGUUUGGACACAACUGGGGUUCAGAACAUGAUCCCGAUAUUCCAGAAUGUUCUCCAAGUGCUAGUCAGGGUGGUUCCUAUCUCAUGUAUACCUAUAGUGUUAGCGGCUAUGAUGUCAAUAAUAAGAGAUUUUCACCUUGCAGCUUGAGAUCCAUCAGAAAAGUGUUACAGGCAAAAUCCGGAAGAUGCUUUUCAGAACCGGAAGAAAGCUUUUGUGGUAAUUUACGAGUCGAAGGUGACGAAGAAUGCGAUGCAGGUCUUCUUGGUACAGAAGAUAAUGAUGUGUGUUGCGACAAAGAUUGUAAAUUGAGACCGAAAGCGAUGUGCAGUGAUAAAAACUCGCCAUGUUGUCAAAACUGUCAGUUCAUGCGAAACGGAGCUAAAUGUAGAGAUGCACAGUAUGCUACUUGCGAGCAAGAAUCUUUAUGUACUGGACAACAAGCGGAAUGUCCUAAAAGUCCUCCAAUGUCAGAUGGUACGGACUGCCAGGAGAGAGGCAAGUGUAAAAAUGGGAAAUGUAUACCUUUCUGUGAAACACAGGGUAUGCAAAGCUGCAUGUGCGAUAUAAUUGAAAAUGCAUGUAAGAGAUGCUGUAGAUCAAAUAUCAAUGAAACAUGUUCACCUGUGGAUUCUGCUGAUAUUUUAGCUGAUGGUACACCUUGUAUUCAAGGAUUUUGUAAUAACGGUCAUUGUGAAAAGACAGUGCAAGAUGUAGUUGAACGUUUCUGGGACAUAAUUGAAGAUAUCAACAUAAACAAAGUUCUCCUCUUCCUUCGUGACAAUAUCGUUGGUACUGUAGUUUUAGUUACUGCGUUAUUGUGGAUCCCAGCUAGCUGCAUCAUUAGUUAUUUCGAUAGAAAGAGAAGAAGAGAAGAACUCGAUAGAUGGGAAUGGAGACACAAAACGGAUCUCAUUCAUCACAGUGACAAUAUUAAAAAAGUGAUACAUAUACGGAUGCCAAGACAAAGAAAUAUUCCAACAAAUCGGCCCAUAAUAUCAGAAUAGAAUUUUAUGUAGGAUAUAUGAGUGAGUGUUAACUCAAUCAAUGUCUAAACUAAAAUGUUAUAACUAUAUAUACCUAUAUAGAUAUUAGAUGUUCGUUUUAUGAAAUCUAUAGUUUCCAUUAUUUGAAAUUCGUAUUUUAUGGAUUUUUUUUUGGUUUACAUACGUUCUAAACUAUUAGGACAUUUUUAAGUAAAGAAGCAGAUCAAUUUUCAACUUUAAACAACAGAUCUACGCUUUGAAUUAAUCUUUAGGUACUUUAAAAUUAUAGAUAUGACAAUAACAUUAAAAAUUCCAAUCUCCAUUUGCUAGCAUCUGUGUUUCUGAUCAGAUUUCACUUCCUACUGACUGCGCCAAUUAACUUAUGAGAACUUUGAAGUCCUUUGAAGAAGAAUAAUAGUCCUUUUAUACGACGAUACUACACUUGCUUGCCCCUCCGCUUAUCUUCUUCUGUGUUGUCAAGAAGGUUUAAAUAACUCAUACUGUCGAAGUUUCCAUUCACAAGACAAGAGGGAGUUGAAUCGAUGGUGAUAGAAACACAGGAGCCCGUGAUGGUGUCUUCUACCAUUUUGUAGACAAAGGUUGCGAUGCAAAUGGUAGUUUUCUGUCGCUUGGUAUAUCUGGGGAAUUGAUCCAACUUGAUCUUCUGAUGGCACCCUCGGUUUUAGAGCUAGUAAUGGUGUAUCGUUUUUUUAUAUUUCCCUUUAUUAACAUUUACAAGUUUUCGAAACAUUUAGCGCAGAGGUAGUGAACAUGUUAAUAAACCAAAAUAUCGAUUUAUGUUCUUUCAAAUUGAUUAGUAAAGAAGUUACAUACAAGGGUUGUUAGUAAAGUGAAUUCCUUUUUGAUAUUAAAAAGAACCAGUACACACAUUUAAUGCACGAAAAUCUACCACUGUCGACAGUUUUCCAGUCUUAAUGAAGUUUUUGUAUAGCCUCUUCUUAAAAUGUAGAUGCCUGUAUAUUCAACUGUGACAUAACAAGUUCUUUUGAGCUAAUAGUCGCUGCUGCACCUCUGGUGAUCAAGGAAACUACAUUAAAUGGAAAUUUAUAUUAACUCGAAGUUGGGAGGAGUAUGAUUAAAAACGUUACAGCUGAAGUCAUGUAGAAAACUUUCAGUUACAAUGAAAGCCUCGAAUAAAAACAAAACCACACUUUUUGUUAACCUUUCUCUCUUUAUUUGUGCAGCAAAAAAUUGAUUAGUAUAAAGCCUCUUCGGUCUCAAAGUGAACGAAGUGUGCCUGAGCUCAAAUCAACUUUAUGUCGUUCUGCUUCAUGAGAAACUGCCGCGCGUGGUCUGAAAUCCGCUCGUAGCGCUUCCGCGGGGAAUAAGGGAAACAGAACUUACUUCACGAAUGAACCUCGUAGUACAAUAAUAUGUUGGUAUUGGAACUACGGUAACUAUGAUUAAAGCUAUUCAAAUAUGGACACUUUUUGGCUGAAUAUUGUAUUUAAUUAAGAUUAAAAUAUUUUUAUUGUUGAAUUUAAGUUGUACUUAAGCAUUUUAGGUAUUUGUAUAUAUAUUUUUUGUUUUGUAACCUUAAUUUGUAGAUAAAAUGUUUUGCUAGA